GAGAGUGUGCGGUACACGCAUGGACUGAGUCGUUGCAGGCAUAGGGUGUAUUUAUAUAUUAUAUAUACAUAUAUUUAUAUUUUAAAAUAUAUAGAGAAAGUUGUAUUUUGUUUCACCUCGAAAAGUAAAGUUUGUAUCUGUCUUCUGGACAAUGGGACCAUUUGCAGUCGAGCGGGGAGUCGCGCUCGGAUUGUUGUGGAGUUGUUGCCUGGUGCUCGAGUGGCUGUCCGUGGCGGGUAGCUUGCUGCUGGACACGGGCAGCCACAGCGACCUCCACUCGAGUUUUGUGCACCGCCGCCUCAAGCACCACGAGAAGAAGAACAUGCAGCGAGAGAUCCUGUCCAUCCUGGGGCUGCCGCACCGGCCCAGACCUCACUCGCAUGGGAAGCACAACUCGGCGCCCCUCUUCAUGCUUGACCUGUACAAUGCCAUGUCCACCGGGGGCGAAGAGGAGGAGGAAGAGGGUUUCUCGCAUCAGUACAGACCGGUCUUUACUACGCAGAGUCCACCGCUGGCCAGCUUACAGGACAGCUCUUUUCUCAACCAGGCGGACUUGGUCAUGAGCUUCGUGAACCUAGUUGAGCAAGAAGAAGACUUUACUCUCUACCAGCCACACCGACAGGAGUACAAAUUUAACCUGUCCCAAAUUCCAGAGGGAGAAGCUGUCACGGCUGCAGAGUUCCGAAUUUACAAGGAGUGGGUCAGAAGCCGCUUUGAAAACGAGACAUUUGAGAUUGGCAUCUACCAGGUGUUGCGUGAAAAUGCAGACAGAGAUACAGAUCUGUUCCUUUUGGAUACGAGGACAGUUUGGGCCUCUGAGGAAAGCUGGCUGGUGUUUGAUAUCACUGCUACAAGCAACCUGUGGGUGAUGAGCCCCCAACACAACCUAGGACUCCAGCUGCGGGUGCAGACCAUCAACGGGCAAGGUGUCAGCCCCAAACUUUCUGGCCUGAUGGGACUCCAUGGGCCCCAGGAGAAGCAACCCUUCCUAGUGGCCUUCUUCAAAGCCAGCAAGGUGCAUAUCCGUACAGCUCGCUCAGCGGCAGGCAAGCGCAGGAACCAAGGCCGCACCAAAUCGACGUCUGUUCAGGAUUCGCCCAGGGCAACGAGUUUAACUGAGUACAAUACCAGUGACCAACGACAGGCUUGCAAGAAGCAUGAACUGUAUGUCAGCUUUCGGGACCUAGGAUGGCAGGACUGGAUCAUUGCACCUGAAGGCUACGCAGCCUAUUACUGUGAUGGAGAAUGCUCGUUCCCACUCAAUGCACACAUGAAUGCCACGAACCAUGCCAUUGUUCAGACACUGGUCCAUCUUAUGAAUCCGGACUACAUACCCAAGCCCUGCUGUGCUCCCACUAAGCUGAAUGCAAUCUCUGUGCUCUUCUUUGACGACAGCUCAAACGUCAUAUUAAAAAAGUACAGGAACAUGGUAGUCAGAGCAUGCGGCUGUCAUUAAAGGGGAGUGUCUGGAAUCUCAUCUUCAGGUGUACUGAAACUACUGGAGGAGCCAAAUCCUCAGCAUAUGGCAAUCAUUAAAAACCCUUUAAGCAAUACCUCUGUAAAUAAUGUUUACAAUUUUAAAAAAAGAAAUAAUCUACUUAAAGGCAGUUGUAAUAUAUUUUGUACAGUUUUCAUAAAAUGUAAUUUAUUUGUU